AGAGGGAGGCAGAAAAGGGAGAACACGCGUGUCGAGUGCAGUCUUGUCGCGCAUUCACCGCGCUCCACAGCUUCCUCCCGAAGUUCGUACCAGUGGUCAUGUUCGCGACACUUUUGCCCGCGCUUUUAUAAAAUCAAAGUCGCGUUCCUAUCAACACACAGAAGCAGUCUGAAUGCGGAACAAAAUAAUCGGACGGAUGAACAGUGACAAUAUCUGGUGCAUCAACGACAUUUCACUUUGGAACACGUGAACGAUACAGAAAGAUCUUUCGUCCCUUCAGCAUCCUCGCUGUCACGUUGUGCGUUACGGGCUCGUCUAUGGUGAACUAAUCGGCGAGCGUUCGAGCGUUGAUACCCACUCCUAGUACAGGAUAAGCUCGCACCAUGGAAGUAUUGAUGCACGAGGCGAGCAAUGGUCAGGGAAUGAACCCAGCUGGUUCGCCCAUUCACGUGAUGGAAAAGGAGCCGAUUAAACAUAAGCUGGAGAGCAAAGAAAUCAACAGCGAGACGGUCCGUUUCAUGAAAACCGACACGGUGGACACCAUCGACAUCAUGUUCGAAAACAUCACGUACACGGUGUCUCUUGGCUGCAGAAAAGGUCGGAAAGAGAUCCUGCACGGAAUCGGUGGAAGACUUCCAGCGAAGCAGUUGAUCGCGUUGAUGGGGCCAUCAGGCGCAGGAAAGUCGACCUUGUUGGACGUUCUGUCGGGAUACAGGAUAACCGGCGUGAAUGGUAACGUCUACAUCAAUGGACGACUUCGACAGAUGAAUUCUUUUCGAAAGUGCAGCGCGUACAUCACUCAGGAUGAUCGCCUCGAGCCUUUGUUGACGGUCAUCGAGAGCAUGAGAGUGGCCGCUGACCUCAAACUCCCAACGAAGAUUCCGCAAUACGAGAAGGAAACGAUAAUCGAGGAGAUCUUGACGACGUUGGGUUUGUACGAGCACAUGAAUACGAGAGCGGGAAGAUUAAGCGGAGGUCAGAAAAAGAGGCUGUCCAUUGCUUUGGAGUUGGUCAAUAAUCCGACCGUUAUGUUCCUCGACGAGCCAACGACAGGUCUGGACAGUUCGUCUUGCAUGCAAGUGGUAAAUCUGCUGAAGCUACUUGCGCGACAAGGAAGGACGAUCGUUUGCACGAUUCAUCAGCCAAGCGCGUCUCUCUUCCAGCUUUUCGAUCUGGUAUACGUAUUGGCGAAAGGGGAGUGCUUGUACCACGGCACAACCAGCCAAUUGAUCCCUUACUUGGAGGACAUAAAAUUGCCGUGUCCCAUGUAUCACAAUCCAGCCGAUUAUGUUAUCGAGUUGGCGUGCGGCGAGUACGGAGAAGAUAAAGUAUCGUUGUUGAUAUCUGGCUCGGAGAAAGGCAGGAGCUUGGAGUGGUUCGAAAAUCGGAAUGAUUUGUUGGACGGGAAAGCUUUGAGAGCAUUGCAUCCCCUCAGAAAGAACGUCGAUGCGAACGGUAACAGUAGCCUCCAAGCCACCUCGUUGAUGCAUCAAAUUCGAAUCUUGGUGGCGAGGGGUUUUCUGAUGUGUAAAAGAGAUACGACAUUAACGCAUUUGCGAAUUAUAGUGAAUGUGUCUGUCGGUUUCAUGCUUGGCUCGGUUUUCCUCGAAACUGGCAUGGAUGGCGCCAGAGUUUUAGAAAACUAUAAUCUACUAUUUUCUAUUCUUAUACAUCACAUGAUGACCACGAUGAUGCUUACAGUAGUUACUUUUCCGAUGCAAAUGAACAUCCUGCUGAAAGAGCAUUUCAACAGGUGGUACAGCUUGAAGGCAUUUUACACGGCCUUGACCGUGGUCGACUUGCCGAUUUCGAUAUUCUGCUGUCUAGCUUUCACCAUAAUAGUAUACCUGAUUACGUCCCAGCCGUUAGAGAUUUACCGGUUUUUGAUGUUUUUCUUUAUUAGCCUGCUGGUAGCUUUCAUAAGUCAAGGUACCGGCCUUAUGAUCGGAGCAGUAUUUAACGUAAUCAACGGGACAUUCAUCGGACCAACGUUGUCGGUACCAUUGAUGAUGUUUGCUGGAUUCGGUGUAUCGUUGCGCGACAUACCGAGUUAUUUGAGAUGGGGGACGUACGUCAGUUUUCUACGAUAUGGCUUGGAAGGAUUUAUUGGUUCCAUAUACGGGAUGGAUCGGCCAGUCUUACCGUGUAAAGAGAAGAACAAUUUAUACUGCCAUUACAGAUACCCAGCGAAAUUUCUUUCCGACAUCGCGAUGGACGCCGAACAGUUUUGGAACGACGUUAUAGCGCUGGUUGCGAUACUCAUAUUGACACGAGUCGCGGCUUACCUAUUUCUUAAAUGGAAGAUCGCGUCUAUGCGAUAAAUUUAUUAGGAAGAUUCACGAAUCAGUGUCAAUGCAUUCCUCGCG